AUGGCAACCAAGCACCGGCGGCGGGGACGGGUACCGGGAGAAAGCGGGGAUGUGGGGCCCAGGCCGAGGGAGAAAACCGGGAUUAAAAAAUGUAGGCCUCGAAGUACAUCAUGGCAGAAGUUCAUUGUCGGCGGUAUCCUGUGUGUUGCUGGAAGUUUAGUUGGUGGGUUACUUGUUUGGCAUCACCAGAGCAGCGAUGGCAUGGAAGUUUUGGCAGCGCAGCGUGAGACACUAGAUCACCGAUUCUACCAGGUGCCCUGCUCAGAGGAUUACAAUAACCACAGGAGGUUUGCUGGGUGCACCCCCAGGAAAUGCGGCCGAGCAGUAACAGACGCUGUUAUAACUCGCCAGGAGGCAGAGAAACUGCUAAGGGUAGCUGAGGCUGGUUUCUCCCUAGGAGGGUCUGAUGGAGGGGCUUCAAUCCUAGACCUUCACUCUGGAGCGUUGUCUAUGGGGAAGCAUUUCGUAAACAUGUACCGAUACUUUGGAGAAAAGGUCAGAGAAAUCCUGACUGAGGAAGAUUUCCAACUAUACCGAGAGUUGAGGCUGAGAAUCCAAGGGGAGAUAGCCAGGACCUUUAACAUCAAUGCCUCUUCCAUAUAUCUCACUAAGCCCACCUUCUUCUCGCGCAUGAACAGCUCUGAGGCCAAAACCACCCAUGAUGAAUACUGGCACCCGCACAUCGAUAAGGUGACAUAUGGAUCAUUUGAUUACACUUCAUUGCUGUACCUGUCGGACUACUCCAGGGACUUUGAGGGCGGGAGAUUUGUAUUCAUAGAUGCAGGAUCAAACAGCACUGUGGAGCCCAAGGCUGGACGCCUAUCCUUUUUCACGUCUGGAUCAGAAAAUCUCCAUCAGGUGGAAAAAGUGGGUUGGGGUACACGAUACGCUAUUACGAUCUCCUUUACCUGCGACCCUGACCACAGCAUCGGAGACCCAACAUGGACUUAAAUUCAAAAGGGAUAUUCAGACCUGUAACCCAGUUCACGAUCUGGAUACUCUCAGGCACAAAAAGAAAACACUGGAAUCUGUAAAAAAAAUUUUUAUCUAAAUGAGACAGAGCAUGUCAUGGAUACAUUAAAUCUUGACUUAUAGCUACAGCCUUUCUACCCCAUACACCGUCUAACUCAGGUCAUCAGGAGGUCCUAAGUACCCAAGGAAGUAUCUACUUUAGCAUCAAAUUGCAGUUGAAGGUACACACACUGAUUCAAUUAUGGUAUGCUGUAUUAAUUUUUCUGAAAAUGUAAAUUCUCAUUUGGAAACACAAAAUAAAUAAACAAACUUUUUUACUGAACAAUUGCUACCCAAUAUGAAAUUUGAGACUAUUGCAAUACUUUAGUGUAAGUUCUACAUUUUGCACAUUUGUAAACUUUCUGAUUUUUUGGGGGGCUAUUUUUUA